CGUCCCUUGCAUCAAGGACGACGGUGUGGUAUAAAAGACGUGAUGUUGGUGAUCUCACCUUCAUCUUCACGCUGACUUCCUGUAGUUCAGGUUCAGACGCUCUUCUCAGCUUGUCUCUUACCUCUCAGCAGGAGACCAUGAGCACCGAUGGCGAGAUGGCGAUCUUCGGGCCGGCCGCCCAGUACCUCCGCAAAUCCGAGCGGGAGAGGAUAGAGGCGCAGUCCCUCCCCUUUGACAGCAAAACGGCUUGCUUUGUCUGUGAGGACAAGGAGCUGUACGUCAAGGCCUCUGUGCAGGACAAGGCGGACGACAAAGUCACCGUCAAGACGGAGGACGACAAAACGUUGAUUGUGAAGGAGGACCAAGUUUUUCCCAUGAACCCGCCAAAGUUUGACAAAAUCGAGGACAUGGUCAUGAUGACGCACCUUCACGAGCCCGCCGUUCUCUUCAACCUGAAGGAGCGCUAUGCUGCCUGGAUGAUCUAUACGUACUCUGGUCUCUUCUGCGUAACGGUCAAUCCCUACAAAUGGUUGCCGGUCUACAACCCUGAGGUGGUCCAGGCCUACCGAGGCAAGAAAAGGAUGGAGGUUCCUCCUCACAUAUUUGCGCUGUCAGAUAACGCCUAUCAGUUGAUGCUGACGGAUCGUGUGAAUCAGUCCAUCCUCAUCACUGGAGAGUCUGGCGCAGGAAAGACGGUCAACACCAAGCGGGUCAUUCAGUACUUUGCUACCAUUGCCGUGUCCGCAGACAAGAAGAAAGAGAACAACAGUAAAAUGAAGGGAACGCUGGAGGACCAGAUCAUCCAGGCCAACCCCCUGCUGGAAGCUUUUGGGAAUGCCAAAACCGUGAGGAAUGACAACUCUUCUCGCUUUGGUAAAUUUAUACGCAUUCACUUUGGCGCCACCGGCAAACUGGCGUCUGCAGAUAUCGAAACAUAUCUGCUGGAGAAGUCCAGAGUGUCCUUCCAGCUGGCAGCCGAGAGAAGCUAUCACAUCUUCUAUCAACUAACAUGCAACAAGAAGCCAGAACUCAUCGACCUGCUCCUCAUCAGCACCAACCCCUACGACUUCGCCUUCAUCAGCCAGGGCGAGAUCUGCGUCAAAAGCAUUGACGACGCAGAGGAGCUAAUGGCGACUGACGUGAGUGUCGCCACGAGGGGUCUUCUACUCUUAAAGGAGCGACGGACCACUGAAAAACAGGUCGACUUGUUUGUGCUGCAGGAAUCCUUCGACAUUUUGGGCUUCACUUCGGAAGAAAAGAUGUCCGUCUACAAGCUGACUGGUGCCGUGAUGCAUUAUGGGAACAUGAAGUUCAAGCAGAAACAGCGAGAGGAGCAGGCGGAGCCAGACGGCACUGAAGAGGCUGACAAAGCAGCUUAUCUGAUGGGUCUUAACUCUGCUGACCUGCUGAAGAACCUCUGCUACCCCCGCGUGAAGGUGGGCAACGAGUACGUCACAAAAGGACAAAAUGUGCAACAGGUGUACAACGCCAUUGGAGCUCUGGCUAAAUCUGUGUAUGAAAAGAUGUUUUUGUGGAUGGUGCAGCGCAUUAACCAGCAGCUGGACACCAAGCAGCCCAGGCAGCACUUCAUUGGCGUUCUCGACAUUGCUGGCUUUGAAAUCUUUGACUUCAACAGCAUGGAGCAGUUGUGCAUCAACUUCACCAACGAGAAGCUGCAGCAGUUCUUCAACCACCACAUGUUUGUGCUGGAGCAAGAAGAGUACAAGAAGGAAGGAAUUGACUGGGAGUUCAUUGACUUUGGCAUGGACUUGGCAGCCUGCAUCGAGCUCAUUGAGAAGCCAAUGGGCAUCUUUUCCAUCCUGGAGGAGGAGUGCAUGUUUCCAAAAUCAACUGACACCUCCUUCAAGAACAAACUUUAUGACCAACAUCUGGGCAAGAACAGCUGCUUCUUGAAGCCCAAAGUGGUCAAGGGCAAGCCUGAGGCUCACUUCUCCCUGAUGCACUACGCCGGCACGGUGGACUACAAUAUCAGCGGCUGGCUGGAGAAAAACAAGGACCCCUUGAACGAUUCUGUGGUGCAACUGUACCAGAAGUCAUCAGUCAAAAUCCUCUCAAUAAUUUACGUCAGCUUCUCUGCCUCCGACGAUGCACCUGCUGGAGGAGCCAAGAAAGGGUCGAAGAAGAAGGGAGCAUCUUUUCAAACAGUAUCAGCACUGUUCAGGGAAAACCUCGGGAAGCUCAUGACCAACCUGAGGACCACUCAUCCACACUUUGUCAGAUGCCUCAUUCCAAAUGAGACAAAAACUCCGGGCAUUAUGGAAAACCACCUGGUCAUCCACCAGCUGCGCUGCAACGGUGUGCUUGAAGGCAUCCGCAUCUGCAGGAAAGGAUUUCCCAGCAGGAUUCUGUAUGGAGACUUCAAGCAGAGAUACAGGAUUUUAAAUGCGAGCGCAGUUCCAGAAGGACAGUUCAUGGACAACAAGAAGGCUGCAGAAAAACUUCUGGGCUCUAUCGAUGUGGACCACACACAGUACAAGUUUGGACACACUAAGGUGUUUUUUAAAGCCGGCCUGCUGGGUGCUCUGGAGGAAAUGAGAGAUGAGCGCUUGGCUCAGGUUGUGAUGUCCACUCAGGCGCUGUGUCGAGGGUACCUGAUCCGGCUGGAAUACCAGAAAAUGAUGGCCAGGAAGGAAGCCAUCUACACCAUCCAGUACAACUUCCGUUCCUUUAUGAACGUCAAACACUGGCCGUGGAUGAAGCUGUACUUUAAGCUUAAACCUCUGCUGAAGAGCGCUGAGGCUGAGAAGGAAAUGGUCCAAAUGAAGGUGGACCACACAAAGCUCAAAGAAGAUUUGGCCAAGUCAGAAAACCGGCGGAGAGAAAUGGAGGAGAAAAUGGUCUCCGUUGUACAGGAGAGGAACGACCUUCUUCUCCAAGUCCAGGCGGAGGCAGACAACCUGCUGGAUGCUGAGGAGCGAUGUGAGGGACUAAUCAAGAGCAAGAUCCAACUAGAGGCCAAGUUAAACGAAGUAAUGGAGAGACUGGAGGAUGAAGAGGAGUUGAAUGCCGAGCUGACGACCAAGAAGCGAAAGCUGGAAGAUGAGUCCUCUGAACUAAAGAGGGACAUUGAUGACCUAGAACUGACCUUGGCCAAAGUUGAAAAAGAGAAGCACGCCCUGGAAAAUAAGGUGAAAAACCUGACGGACGAGAUCAUGAGUCAGGAUGACAGCAUCAGCAAACUGUCCAAAGAGAAGAAGGCUCUACAGGAAGCCCAUCAGCAGACCUUGGAUGACCUGCAGUCGGAGGAGGAGAAGGUCAACAUCCUCAGCAAGGCCAAAGCUAAACUAGAGCAGCAGGUUGACGAGCUGGAGGGUUCGCUAGAGCACGAGAAGAAGAUCCGGAUGGAGCAGGAGAGAGCUAGGAGAAAGCUGGAAGGUGAUCUGAAACUUUCCCUUGAGUCUAUCAUGGAUCUGGAAAAUGAGAAGCAGCAGCUGGACGAGAAGCUUAAAAAGAAAGACUUUGAGGCCUCGCAGCUGCAGACCAAAGUUGAGGAUGAACAAGCUCUCAGUUCACAGCUCCAGAAAAAAAUCAAAGAGAUCCAAGCCCGAACUGAAGAACUAGAGGAGGAAAUGGAGGCUGAGCGUGCCGCUCGAGCCAAAGUAGAGAAGCAGAGGUCGGAUUUGUCUCGAGAGCUGGAGGACAUCACAGAGAGACUUGAGGAGGCGGGAGCUUCUAUUGUAGCUCAGGUUGAGUUGACCAAGAAGCAGGAGGCUGAGUUCCUCAAACUACGCAGAGAGCUGGAGGAGCGUUCACUGCAGCACGAGGCCACGUCGGCCGCCCUGCGCAAGAAGCACGCCGACAGUGUGGCUGAGCUGGGGGAGCAGCUGGACAACGUCCAGAGGGUCCGGCAGAAACUGGACAAGGAGAAGAGUGAGCUGAGGCUGGAGAUGGACGACCUGUCCGGCAAUUUGGAAUGUGUUGCAAAAGCCAAAAUUCAUUCAGAGAAGAUGUGCCGCUCCCUAGAAGAUCAGCUGAGUGAGGUUAAAGCCAAAGAGGACGAGCAGCAGAGAUUAAUAAACGACCUUUCUAGCCAAAACACUCGGCUGCAGACCGAAAAUGUUGAAAUAUCUCGCCAGCUGGAGGAGAAAGACGCUCUCCUCUCUCAGUUUACUCGGGGAAAACAAGGCUUCCUACAGCAGAUCGAGGAGCUUAAAAGGUUUCACGAGGAGGAGGUCAAGGCAAAAAGCGCGCUGGCCCACGGCUUGCAAUCCAGCCAACAUGACUGUGAGCUGCUGAGAGAACAGUAUGAGGAGGAGCAGGAGGCCAAAGCCGAACUCCAUCGCUGCCUUUCCAAGGCCAACAGUGACGUGGCUCAGUGGAGAACUAAAUACGAGACGGAUGCCAUCCAGCGUAACGAGGAGCUGGAGGAAGCCAAGAAAAAGCUGGCUCUGCGUUUGCAGGAAGCAGAAGAAGCUGUGGAAGCGGUCAACUCCAAGUGCUCGUCUCUGGAGAAGACAAAGCAGAGGCUGCAGGGAGAGGUGGAGGACUUAAUGAUGGAGGUCGAGAGGUCCAACGCCGCUGCCGCCACUUUGGACAAGAGGCAGAGAAAUUUUGAUAAGGUUAUAGCUGAGUGGAAGCAGAAGUAUGAAGAGGGUCAGGUAGAGCUGGAGUCAGCUCUUAAAGAAGGGAGGUCUUUGGGCACUGAGAACUUCAAGAUGAAGAAUGCCUUCGAAGAAUGUCUGGAACAACUGGAGACGCUCAAACGGGAAAAUAAGAACUUACACCAGGAGAUUGUGGAUCUCAGUGAGCAGCUAGGAGAAAUGGGAAAAAACAUCCAUGAGUUGGAGAAAUCCAAGAAGCUGGCUGAGCAGGAAAAGUUGGAGGCCCAGACGUCUCUAGAGGAAGCUGAGGCCUCUCUAGAACAUGAGGAGUCCAAGAUCCUGCGAGUCCAGCUGGAGCUUAAUCAGGUCAAGAGUGAAGUGGACAAGAAGAUAGCUGAGAAGGAUGAAGAGCUUGAGCAAAUGAAGAGAAACAGCCAGCGGGUCAUUGACACCAUCCAAAGCAACUUGGAUGCCGAGGUGAGGAGCAGGAAUGAUGCGCUGAGAGUCAAGAAGAAGAUGGAGGGAGACCUGAACGAAAUGGAGAUGCAGCUAAGCCAUGCCAACAGACAGGCGGGCGAGGCCCAGAAACAGCUGAGGAAUGUUCAAGUUCAACUGAAGGAAGUCCAGAUCCAUCUCGCCGAUGUGCUGAGAAGCAACGACGACAUGAAGGAGCAGGUCGCCAUAGCCGAGCGCAGGAGCAACCUACUACAGGCGGAAAUGGAGGAAGUGAGAGCCGCUCUUGAACAAACGGAGAGGAGUCGCAAACUGGCCGAGCAGGAGCUGCUGGACGCCUGCGAGAGGGUUCAGCUUCUCCACUCGCAGAAUACCAGUUUGCUCAACAGUCGCAAGAAGUUGGAGGCAGACUUGUCUCAAAUUCAAGGAGAGGUGGAAGACAGCGUCCAAACAGCCCGGAACGCAGAGGAGAAAGCCAAGAAGGCGAUCACUGACGCCGCCAUGAUGGCUGAGGAACUGAAGAAGGAGCAGGACACCAGCGCUCACCUGGAGAGGAUGAAGAAGAACCUGGAGACCACCGUCAAGGACCUACAGCAGCGUCUGAAUGAGGCAGAGAGCCUCGCCAUGAAGGGUGGCAAGAAGCAGCUCCAAAAACUAGAAGCGAGGGUGCGUGAGCUGGAAAACGAGCUGGAGACGGAGCAAAGACAUGGUUCUGAUGCCGUCAAAGGGUCGCGCAAGCUCGAGCGCAAGAUUAAGGAACUGACUUAUCAGUCAGACGAGGACAAGAAGACGGCCAUGAGGCUGCAGGAGCUGGCGGACAAACUCCAGUUGAAGGUGAAAGUGUACAAGCGGCAAGCCGAAGAAGCUGAAGAGCAGGCCAACGUGCACCUGACCAAACUGAGGAAGGUGCAACACGAGCUGGAAGAGGCCGAGGAACGAGCAGACAUCGCCGAGUCUCAGGUCAACAAGAUGAAAGUCAAGAAUCGCGACAUGGCCAAGCACAACAAAGACAGCAAGGAGUAGUCGUCCCUGGCGGCCUUUCGUGAGGACGUCUGCUGAGAACCAUAGUAGUCUGCCACGUGCUCCAAAAACCGACACACUCACAAACAAUUAUGGGUUGUUGGCUUUCGGUGAAUUGUCAGGAAUUAGGGUUGGAACAGUUCACAAAAUUCACAGUUUGGAUUUUGUUAUGGUUUUGUGACAUGGGUUUUAGUUGGGGUUCAAUGCAUAUUGUUGUUUUUAAUACCCUAGUAUAUCAUAUAUCUCAAUAAUCCACAAUUAACCUUUAUCUAUUGUGAUUCUUACAAAAAUAUGAAUACAACUUAAAAAUGGCACCUAAAGUUCUGAGGCGCCUUGUGGCGACCCAUCAGCGUUCCUGUUCUGUAACCCUGUACACUAUUUGUUUGUCUAAUCUUGAACGGGUUUGUGCUGAAAACAAAGUUUUGUUGUACUUGUGCAAUGACAAUAAAGACCUAUCUAUCUAUCUAUCUAUCUAUCUAUCUAAAUGCAAAAGUCCUUACAUUUAUUGAUACAUCAGUGAUUCUCUGUAGUCAAACACAGUGUCACUGUUCAAACUGUGUGUGAUGUUACAGUUGCCAAAAAUAAAAAAUA